AUGCUGUCGACUUUAAAGCAUGAUGAUGACACCUAUCAAUGUCAGACUUUUGCUUUUAAGUCAUCAAUAUGGACAAUGCCCGAAGCGUGUUUUUUCGGCGAAAAAAAAUUAAUGUUACUCAUCAUGGCCGACCAACCCUACCAGGAGCGCAUCAAUCUAAACACGUUCUUCCUGCACCCGCCUAACUUGCACGUCUACCAGCACUGGGCUAAAAGUUCAAUGACCGCUCAAGUGACAUGUUUCGCGACUUCUUAUAUUGUUGCAUAA